AACACGAGAAUUUCUCCGAGUAACAAACGUCAUCGUAUUGUAGUCGUGGUUCAGUAACUUGACAUCCCAACAACAUUUUCUGUCAACAUUGGUUACAACAAUACGAAGCCAUCAUUGUGCUCAUCAAUGCCAAUUUCACCAAUCAUCAUCACACCACUCACAUAGGAACCCAACUUCUUUUUUCCUCUAAUCUAUCGCUCUCACUGGUCAAUUUCAUGGGGAAGCCGAGGUUGUUGCCGGUCACUGAAGUUGAUUUGACCACGGUCAAGUACGAUACCGGAGAAAUUGAAGCUCCUCAUAUAACUGGGUUAUGGCUGAAGUUUUUUGUCAAGUUAAUUGAAAUGCCUUUGAUCGGUUCUUUGAUCAUUGGUCACUUGAAGAAACAAAACAAAAUGAAUGAGAUGUUAAGAGAUACCGUGAUACCAGAACCACCAAUGUUUAGACCUGAGUUCCCUCCUCAAGAACCAGAAUCUGGAGUGGUUUUUCUCAAAGAAGAUGGAAGAUCUGAAGACCGUGUUGAAUCAGCCUUGAAAUGUCUUCCCCAGUAUGAUUCUGCUAACUAUCACAGUUCUGACUCGACUCCAUUCUGCUACUGGAAGAUUCGUGAUUAUGCAAAUUCUUACAGGAAGGGGCUUACCACCCCAUCAACGGUCGCAGAAUAUGUCAUUUGUGCAAUUGAAGAGUUCAGCAAUAAGAAACCCCCAACACCUCUAUUGAUUUCCUUUAAUGCCGAGGAUGUAAGAAAGCAAGCUGCAGCUUCAACGCAACGGUUUGCGGAAGGAAAGCCAUUGUCGAUAUUAGAUGGCAUCUUUGUGGCAAUCAAGGAUGAUAUAGAUUGUUAUCCCCAUCCAUCUAAGGGUGCAACAACAUGGCUUCAUGAGGUACGUGAUGUUACAAAGGAUGCAGUUUCUGUAUCAAGGUUACGGAGUUGUGGGGUGAUAUUGGUGGGGAAAGCCAAUAUGCAUGAAUUGGGAAUGGGAACAACUGGAGUUAAUCCGAACUAUGGAACUGCUAGAAAUCCACACGAUCUGGAUAGAUAUACAGGUGGAUCAUCAUCAGGCCCAGCAGCUAUUGUAGCUUCCGGAAUAUGUUCUGCUGCACUGGGAACAGAUGGCGGAGGUUCAAUUCGUAUUCCUUCUUCCCUUUGUGGUGUCGUGGGAUUGAAAACAACAUAUGGACGUACCGACAUCAAAGGUGCUCUAUGUGAUGGAGGGACUGUAGAAAUUGUAGGUCCAAUUGCAUCCAGUGUUGAAGAUAUCAUACUGGUCUAUGCAGCAAUCUUAGGAUCUUCUCCUGCUGACAAAAUCAGUCUGCGGCCGUCCGUUCCUUGUUUGCCUGAUCUAUCAUCACAAGAGAAUUCCAGUGUUGUGGGAACAUUGCGAUUAGGGAAGUACACUGAGUGGUUUAAUGAUGUAUUCUCACCUGAUAUCUCAAAUAAAUGCGAAGAUGUUCUUACUAUGUUGUCAGAAACUCAUGGGUGCAAUGUAGUAGAGAUUGUCAUACCGGAGCUUGACCAGAUGCGCACAUCCCAUGUUGUAUCAAUUGGUUCUGAAGCAGCAGCCUCAUUAAGUCCCGACUUUCAGGAUGGGAAAGUUAAUAAACUUACAUUGGAUUCGCGCAUUAAUUUUGCACUUUUCAACUCAUUCACAGCUUCAGAUUAUGUUGCUGCCCAACGUCUAAGGCGCAGGAUUAUGUACUACCACAUGGAGAUUUUCAAGAAGGUUGAUGUCAUAGUUACUCCAACAACUGGCAUGACAGCUCCUGUAAUUCCCAAAAGUGCACUUAAAUUGGGCGAGUCAAAUAUGAAGGUUACAAGCAAUCUGAUGCGUUUUGUCUUAGCUGGCAAUCUUCUUGGGCUCCCAGCUAUUUCUAUACCUGUUGGCUACGAUAAGCAAGGGCUUCCCAUAGGAUUGCAGAUUAUAGGCCGUCCAUGGGGUGAAGCUACAAUAUUGCGUUUGGCUGCUGCAGUUGAGGGACUAUGUAUCGGUGCGAAGCAACCGGCAUCGUAUUUUAACAUUUUGAAGGGACAAUGAGAUGCAGGGUCACUUGUUAUUCAUGUCCAUAGAUGUAUUUUCUGGAGAACCUUGUGCAGAAAUGUGUUAUGACCUUUGUUUUGUGGGCAAAGGAUGUUUAUUGGGUACAAAAAAUGUUUUAAGGCAUGACUAAUCUCUAUUCCUUUAGGUUUAUUAACGGGGAUUUGCAUUCUCGAACCUGUUAUAUCGUAAACGUAAUACUAUAAAUUAAUCAAAUUUGUUCUC